UUUUCAUGCAUUAAAACUCAAUUUAAGAACUUUUUUUUUCUCCCCCCUUUUUUUUCUUUGCUUUUUUACUAUUAUUAUUUACUAUGGCUACUACUACUCUUGAAUGGAUAAAGGAAGGCACAAAUGAAAUCUUUACAAAGACAUGGAAACCUGCUUCAGAGCCUAUUGCCACCUUAGUAAUGAUUCAUGGUUUUGGAGAGCAUAUUAAUCGAUACAAUCGCAUGUUCGAAGUAUUUACUAGUCAUGGCAUUGAAUGUUAUGGCUAUGAUCAACGUGGUUGGGGAGAGACCGGAAAGAAAUCUGGUCAAUUCGGCAACAAUCAGGGUUACAACACAGCACUAAAGGAUAUUGAUGACGCAGUUCUCAGGACAAAGAAAGAAAAUGUACCUCAUUUCUUAAUGGGCCAUAGUAUGGGUGGUGGUCUUGUCCUUAACUAUCUUGCAAGGGGUGAUACAUACAAAGGAGUCAAGCUAUUGACGGGUGCCAUUGCCUCUGCUUCUCUUAUCACUCUAUCGAUGCCUAUUCCUGCUCUCAAGUAUUAUUCACUUCGACUUAUCUCUAUGGUUCUUCCUAGUAUCACUAUUCAGGCUAAUGUGGAUCCCAAAGGCAUUUCUCAUGAUGAAAAUGAAAUUCAAGCUUAUAUCAAUGAUCCUUUGCUUCAUGAUUAUGCAACCUUAGCCACAUUGAGAAGUUUUAUUGAUGCUGGUGCAGAUAUCUUAAAGACAAAAGCCAAAUUGAUUAAGACGCCUAUUUUGUACUCUCAUGGUGAUGCUGAUCCUAUAAAUGCAUACAAAGGUACUGCUGAGGCUUAUGCACUCACCGUCAGUCAGGACAAAGAACUCAAGACAUGGCCUGGAUUAUAUCAUGAAUUACAUAAUGAAACUGUUCCUGAAAGAGAUCAAGUAUGUCAAUACUAUAUUGAAUGGAUCAAAAAGCGUUGUCAUCAAAAAUAAAUUUCUCUUUUUCUUCCACCUA